GUGCGUCGCGCAGGCGUGCUCCAGUCGCCCGCGCGACCCCGCCGCCGCCGGCCGCGCGCCAUGGACGAGACACGAGUUCGCGACCGCGCGCCUCUCACGGUGAUAGUUGCACCAAGCAACGCAUCGCCACCCAGAUUAUCACCGGCAGAUUUACUCCCGGACGGCGACGCAGCGUUCCACCCGCUGUCCGCAGUCAACGGCCGCCUGACACCCCCAGGACUUGAGCCAGCGUCGUACGCCACACUAACACCGUUGCUACCGUUACCUCCGAUCAGCACAGUUUCAGACAAAUUCGCUUAUCAUGCGGGAGGCACGUUCACUGUUAUUCAACAGCAGCAGUCUUACGCUUCUCUCUCGCCUGCGCCGUAUAACGAGCCAUUGUCCCCACAAUCGGCGUACAGCAGACGGAGUACGUCCCCGAAUUCGUUUGAAAGGCGGUCCCCCACUCCCCCGUUGCCGAGCCCGGGCUUAGACCUAAAUGCGGCUCUCCUCGCGAGAGAGGAACAGGCCCAACAACAGGCACAGAAUGACACGGAGGAAAUUAACACAAAGGAAUUAGCUCAAAGGAUAAGCGGGGAGUUGAAGAGGUACUCGAUUCCUCAGGCGAUAUUCGCGCAGAGGGUCCUCUGUCGGUCGCAGGGGACGCUCAGCGAUCUUUUGCGGAACCCAAAGCCGUGGUCGAAGCUCAAGUCAGGCCGGGAGACGUUCAGGCGGAUGUGGAAAUGGCUCCAAGAGCCCGAAUUUCAAAGAAUGUCCGCGUUGAGGCUAGCAGCGGCCCAGAUCCCGCAGAGAGGCAGUUGCAAACGCAAGGAGGAUUUGGGUUCGGAUACUCUGCCUUCCCCGAAGAAGCCGCGUUUGGUUUUCACAGAUCUCCAGCGGCGUACUCUGCAAGCUAUUUUUAAGGAAACGAAGAGGCCGUCAAAAGAAAUGCAAGUAACAAUAGCGAGGCAACUCGGUUUAGAACCGACCACGGUCGGUAACUUCUUCAUGAACGCGCGGAGAAGAUCGAUGGACAAGUGGAAAGACGAUGACGCUCCUUCAACGGAAUUAGAUCAACAGUGUGAGGCUCAAGACCUAGACCACGUGCCUAGUCUAGACUCUGCUGAGUCGGAAGAAGAUCACGAUGACCACGAUGACCACCUUUUGUGA